AUGUCGAACCCGAGAAACGGCGACACCAAGCCCCCAUGUUUGCCCCGCAAUGGACUGGUGAAGAUCCCCACGCAGCCCAACGGCCUCGGCUCCGCCAGCAUCACCAAAGGCACCCCCGCCGUGAAAAACCGCCUGUGCCAGCCUUCCUCCGUGCCUGCCAUCCUCAGCCCGGCCUUAGCCCCCCGCAGCGACCUGCCCAUCCCCAGCCUGGCCUCACCGCUCUCCCUGGCCACUCUGGCCGGCGUCUCGUCCCCUCCCGGCGCCUCCCUGGUGGGACUGAACUCGAGCGAGGCCACCCCGGGGGCAGAGCACCCCUCACCGGAGCGGCUGCCUGGCUCGCCCUCAGAGAGGCAGCUGGCGGUGGACGAGAAGAUCCUCAACCGCCUCUUCUGGUACUUUUCGGCGUGCGAGAAGUGCGUGCUGGCGCAGGUGUGCAAGGCGUGGCGGCGGGUGCUCUACCAGCCCAAGUUCUGGGUGGGCCUGACGCCCGUCCUGCACACCAAAGAGCUCUACAACGUCCUGCCCGGGGGCGAGAAGGAGUUCGUCAGCCUGCAGGGCUUCGCCGUGCGGGGCUUCGACGGCUUCUGCCUCGUGGGCGUCUCCGACCUGGACAUUUGUGAGUUCAUUGACAACUACCCCCUGUCCAAGAAGGGGGUCAAGUCCAUGAGCCUUAAGAGGUCGACCAUCACGGACGCGGGGCUGGAGGUGAUGCUGGAGCAGAUGCAGGGCGUGGUGCGGCUGGAGCUCUCGGGCUGCAACGACUUCACAGAGGCCGGGCUGUGGUCGAGCCUCAACGCCCGCAUCACGGCGCUGAGCGUCAGCGACUGCAUCAACGUGGCCGACGACGCCAUCGCUGCCAUCUCGCAGCUCCUGCCCAACCUCGCCGAGCUCAACCUGCAGGCCUACCACGUGACGGACACGGCGCUCGCCUACUUCACCGCCAAGCAGGGCUACACCACCCACACCCUGCGCCUCAACUCCUGCUGGGAGAUCACCAACCACGGCGUGGUCAACAUGGUGCACAGCCUGCCCAACCUGAGCGUCCUCAGCCUCUCGGGCUGCUCCAAGGUGACGGAUGACGGCGUGGAGCUGGUGGCCGAGAACCUGCGCAAGCUGCGCAGCCUCGACCUGUCCUGGUGCCCUCGCAUCACCGACAUGGCCCUGGAGUACAUCGCCUGCGACCUGCACAAGCUGGAGGAGCUGGUGCUCGACAGGUGUGUGCGGAUCACCGACACCGGGCUCAGCUACCUGUCCACCAUGUCGUCCCUGCGGAGCCUCUACCUGCGCUGGUGCUGCCAGGUGCAGGAUUUUGGCCUGAAGCACCUCCUGGGCAUGGGCAGCCUGCGCCUCCUGUCCCUCGCCGGCUGCCCCUUGCUGACCACCACGGGCCUGUCGGGGCUGGUGCAGCUGCAGGAGCUGGAGGAGCUGGAGCUCACCAACUGCCCCGGAGCCACCCCCGAGCUCUUCAAGUACUUCUCCCAGCACCUGCCCUGCUGCAUGGUCAUCGAGUAG